UUUUCAUUUUAACGAGUAGUAACCUGUGGGUAUUAAAUAUUAAUUUGAAAAAUCGAUUAAUCGACAAUUUGGAUGUUGCUUCGAUGUUUUGUAAAUAAUUUUUUUACGAUUAUUUAAAUUUGGAGAAAAAAAAAUAGUUUUCGUCGUUAUUAAUGUUGAAUCAGUUUACCGUUUUUUAGUUUGCGUGGAAUUCGUUGGUCAUCUGUGUAUCUUUCUCGUGAGAAUUCAACGCGGCAAAUUUUAGCGUCGAAAUAUCAAAAAAAAAAAAAGGAAAGUUUUCGAUGUGUCCGAACGUAAAUAUGUUAUGUUAGUGCUGUGAAGGCCUUUAACGAUGAGCUUCUCUAGCGAUGAAGUCAACUUUUUAGUCUACCGCUAUCUUCAAGAAUCCGGAUUUGUACAUUCGGCAUAUACUUUUGGUAUAGAAUCCCAUAUAGCGCAGAGCAACAUAAAUGGUGCUCUAGUACCACCGGCAGCUCUCCUAUCUAUUUUACAAAAGGGAUUACAGUAUACCGAGGCAGAAAUUUCUAUCGGUGAAGACGGAACGGAACAAAGGAUGGUUGAGUCGUUAUCUCUCAUUGAUGCGGUCAUGCCAGAUAUUGUUGCAUCCAGACAGAAUCAGAUCAAUCAACAGAAACAACAGAUAAAAACAGAAGUUCAAGAUACUAAUGGAGAAGAAGUGGUGACAUCAAAUGAUGGUGUAGGAACAAGCGAUCGAGGUGCAGAUAGAAAUGAAAUGGAAGUGGACGAACAGCAGCAAGGUACAGGGACUGGUGCUAAUGCUAGUGCUGUUGAAAUACCUGCUAGUAAGGCUACCAAGUUACGAGGGCACGAGUCUGAAGUUUUUAUAUGCGCUUGGAACCCUACCACCGAUCUUUUGGCUUCUGGUUCUGGAGACAGCACUGCUCGUAUUUGGGAUAUGUCUGAUAAUUCUCAGGCUCCUAAUCAAUUGGUUCUUCGUCAUUGCAUUCAAAAAGGUGGAACCGAAGUACCAAGUAACAAGGAUGUUACUUCAUUAGAUUGGAAGUGCGAUGGUACGUUGCUAGCAACCGGAAGUUACGAUGGCUAUGCACGUAUUUGGACAACAGACGGAAGAUUGGCAUCUACUCUGGGCCAACACAAAGGUCCAAUUUUCGCUUUGAAGUGGAACAAACGCGGAAACUACAUUUUAAGUGCAGGUGUCGAUAAAACAACUAUUAUUUGGGAUGCCGAAAGUGGACAAUGUACUCAGCAAUUCAGUUUUCAUUGUGCACCCGCAUUGGACGUCGAUUGGCAAACUAAUACAUCGUUUGCUAGUUGCUCUACGGAUCAAUGCAUUCAUGUAUGCAGAUUGAAUGUAGAUAAACCUAUAAAGAGCUUCCAAGGUCAUACGAACGAAGUAAAUGCUAUUAAAUGGGAUCCCCAAGGUAAUCUAUUGGCUAGUUGUUCGGACGAUAUGAGUUUAAAGAUAUGGUCUAUGAAGCAAGAUACUUGGGUACACGAUCUUCAAGCUCAUAGUAAAGAAAUCUAUACUAUCAAGUGGUCUCCGACUGGUCCAGGAACGCAUAAUCCAAAUAUGAACUUGACGCUCGCUAGUGCAUCAUUCGAUUCGACUGUAAGAUUGUGGGAUGUAGAAAGAGGAGCUUGUAUACAUACGCUCACGAAACAUACCGAGCCAGUAUACAGUGUGGCAUUUAGUCCAGAUGGCAAGUUCCUUGCUAGCGGAAGUUUUGAUAAAUGUGUUCAUAUUUGGUCAACUCAGAGCGGGUUAUUAGUUCACAGUUACAAAGGUACGGGUGGAAUAUUUGAAGUAUGCUGGAAUAGCAGAGGUGACAAAGUCGGUGCUUCUGCAUCGGAUGGCAGUGUAUUUGUUCUUGAUCUUCGUAAACUGUGAUCACGAACAUAAUUUAUAUUAUUAAUCUCCGAUUCGUCAUUUUCGUUACGCUUUUGCGUUAUCUUUUCUCCGUAUUUUCACCUAUUCAUGAUUUGUACACAUUUAUUUCUUCUUCUUCUUCUUUUUUAUUUUUUACAUAAGGUUGUUAUUAUAUAAUUGCGUAAGAAAAUGAUACUAGACUACAUUCAUAAUUUCAUUAAGAAUUAAUAGUUAAAAAAGAUUAUUAUUUGGGUGACACAAACAUUUAUUUUCUAUAAUGAAUAUAGAGGCAUAUACUGCGCGUGUAGAAAAAAAACAAGAUCCUCGAUGAUAUUAGUCGAAUGUUUUUUUUAACUACAAAUUUGUAAUUGUUUUAAACAAAAAAUUUCACUUUGGAGAUUAUCAAGGAAGUAAUGUAAUGUACAUUAAUUAUAUUUUCAACGAUAUACCGUGUACAGAGUCCAAGCGAUUUAACAGUUUAUAUUUACAGAUAAAAGCUAAAGUGUACUGUUCGCUACUAAAUUUGACAAGAGUGUACUUUAUAAUGUAAUAACUGUAUGCUGGUGAUACUAAAUAUUAUUAUAAUAACAUCGAUAAACGAUUAUAAGAACAAAAGUGAAGAGAAAAAAAAAGACAAGAGAAAAAAACACAAGAACAAGAAAAGAAAAAAGAAAAAAAAAAAGAAUAUAAUAAACUUUUAUAAGGAA